UGCCCGGAUAGCGUCCAAGGGUGGGAGGGGGAGGGAAUGACGGAAUGAAAACAAACAUGGCGGAGAGGAGCAAGACCGCAGAUACUGGUAGUGACAUAGGAAUAGAUGAAAUUAUAACAGGAAAUUUAAGCAAAUAUUCCGCAGUUCCACCAGGUUAUUAUGGACAACCAAAAAGAGGACAUCUUUUAUUUGAUGCCUGCUUUGAAAGUGGCAACCUUGGACGUGUGGACCAUAUUACUGAAUUUGAAUAUGACCUGUUCAUCAGGCCAGACACAUGUAACCCUCGUUUUCGAGUCUGGUUUAACUUCACUGUUGAAAAUGUGAAAGAAUCUCAAAGGGUCAUUUUCAACAUUGUCAACUUCAGUAAAACAAAAAGCCUCUAUCGUGAUGGAAUGGCUCCAGUGGUAAAAUCCACAAACAGGCCUAAAUGGCAAAGGUUGCCACCUAAAAAUGUGUAUUACUACCGCUGUCCUGAUCACAGGAAGAAUUAUGUUAUGUCAUUUGCUUUUUGCUUUGAUCGGGAGGAGGAUGUGUACCAGUUUGCUUAUUGCUACCCGUAUACGUACACUCGGCUUCAGCACUACCUGGAUAAUUUACAGAAGAGGAACAUGAACUACUUCUGCAGGGAGUUUCUGGGAUGCAGUGUGCAACAGCGGCAACUUGACCUCUUGACUAUAACCAACCCUGGUGAGUAA